AUCAUAACCAGACAAAUCCCAAGAUUAUCACAUUGAUAUCAUAACUCCAUAUAUUAAUUAGGUCACUAAGUAGAUAAUAUAUUGAAAUACAGAAAGGAAGAUGGCACUCUGGAUAGUUUCUCUUUUCUGUUUCCUUGUGUUCGUCGUAUUCAUUUGCAAAGGAUUCUAUAACGCUGCUUCAAGUUCCAGGAAAAAGCUACUCCCCUCUCCGUUGAGGUUUCCAAUCAUCGGAAACCUUCACCAGUUGGGCUUACACCCCCAUCGCUCCCUCCAAUUGCUAUCUAAACGCUAUGGUACACUUUUCUUACUUCACCUGGGUAGUGCCCCACUGUUGGUCGUCUCCUCUGCCGAUGCGGCGCGCAUGAUCAUGAAAGAUCAUGAUUUGAUUUUCUCAAACAGGCCAAAAUCAAGCAGGGCGGAAAAAUUUACGUAUGGCUUUAAGGACAUAGUAUUUGCUCCAUAUGGUGAAUACUGGAGGCAACUGAGAAGCAUAUGUGUGUUGCAGCUUUUGAGUAACAAGCGGGUUCAAUCUUUUCGUCGCGUAAGAGAAGAAGAAACAACCCUAAUGGUCGAGAAAAUCAGACAAUCAUGUUCUUCAUCUUCCUCGAUCAACUUGACUGACAUAUUAGCGUCACUUACAUAUCAUAUAGUGUGCAGGGUGGCAUUGGGAAGGAAAUUUCGUAUUGGGGAAGAAGGAAAAAAAUUCAUGUGGUUGUUAAGGGAGGGUGCGGACAUGGCAGGUGCUUUCUAUGUAGGCGAUUACAUUCCGUGGCUUGCCUGGAUUAGUAAAAUCAAUGGCUUUGAUGCCAAAUUGGAUAAAUUAGCUAAAGUGUCUGAUGAAUUUUUGGAGGGCAUAGUUGAAGAACACAGGAAGCCAAUGAAAGGAGGGGUAAAUUAUGAUGAAGACGAAGGAUCGGAUUUUGUGUACUUAUUGCUUGAAAUUCAGGCAGAAAAUCAGGCUGGUUUUCGACUGGAAACUGAUGCAAUCAAAGCUCUUAUCCUGGAUGUAUUUUCUGCUGGAACAGAUACAACAUCUACUGUUAUGGAAUGGACAGUGGCAGAGCUUUUAAGGCACCCGAAAAUCUUGGAGAAAUUGCAAAAUGAGGUUAGAGAAGUAGCGGGAAGGAAGUUGGAUAUAACAGAAGAUGAUUUGGAGAAAAUGCCUUACUUAAGGGCUGUGAUUAAAGAAAGUCUACGACUUCAUACUCCUUCUCCAUUGCUGGUUCCUCGAGAAUCAACCCAAUCCGUUAAACUGAUGGGCUAUGACAUUGCAGCAGGCACACAAGUGCUUGUCAAUGCUUGGGCAAUGGGAAGAGACCCGUCAUUGUGGGAAAACCCUGAAGAAUUUCGUCCAGAAAGGUUCUUCGAAACAGACAUAGACUUCAAAGGGCUUAACUUCGAGUUCAUACCAUUUGGUGCUGGUCGGAGAGGUUGUCCUGGUGUUACAUUUGCCAUGGCCGUUAAUGAACUUGCAUUGGCAAAAUUAGUGCAUAAAUUCAACAUAGCUUUGCCUAAUGGAGGAAAAGAGAGUGAUAUGGACAUGACCGAAGGCACUGGACUCAAUGUUCAUAAAAAGUUUCCUGUGCUUGUAGCUGCCACUCCCCAAUCUUGUUAAUGCCUAAUAUGUUACUUUUUGAUUGUGUGCCCGUAUAGUAUAAUUAUAUUGAAUAUGUGAAUAAAAGUGUCAUGAUCAAUUGUGAUAAUAUAAGCUAAGUGCUUGAGGUGAGAAGCAUGAUAUGAUACAAUUUCUAUAUUGAUCAUUGUUCACAAUCAAUGUAUAAAGGUAGACAUCUUAUACUAAAAAAUAAUAAUCUUGACUAUUUUACUAUU